AUGGCGGAGAAGAUUGAGUUGCUGAGACUGUCUAGCAACGUAUCUUCAUGCUUGCGGAAAAAGAAAAUCCGCAGUCGCAAUGACAUCAACGCCGGUAAUCUCAGCAACAAUGAUUUCAUCUACGGACUUGUGCAGCACGAUGAUGCUUAUCGUGUUCUUGCAGCAGAAGCGCUUGCAUUACCAUAUGCUGAAAAAUCGAGGCUGAUUCAGUUGGAUUCAGUUACCUGUGCUCGAUACUUCAAUUACAGGUAUCAAGAACAGAGGAAACUGUGGGAUCUUCCCGGCGGUCCAUUCAAAGGGAUAGCAAUUGCGCAUUCAUAUUACAGAGUGGCAUUUCAGCAGCGAGGAUCACCUCACAUACACCAGCUUCUCCGGCUAAGCGAAGCACCAGUAUUUGACACGGUCUCUGGACAAAAUGAACGUGAGGUAUGCAGUUACAUCGGCAGAUUCAUUACGUGCUCCUCUACAGCUGAUCAUCAGGAUCAACAGAGACCCAGUCGCAGUCCGCAUUAUCUUGAAUUUCAGUACCACAGACAUACUGCUACAUGCGGCAAACGUAGGACAGGGAAGUGCAGAUUUGGGAUACCGUUUUACCCAAUGCGCAGAACCCGAAUUCUGCGACCACUACCGGAGGACACUGACGAGCAAGAGCGUGAGCGUCUUGCACGAGUGCUAAAACGAAUAAAUGGUGUUUUGACCGAUUACGAAACCCUGCACAACGCAAGUUUUGAUGAAUUUCUGGAAAAAUGCGAGGCUACAAAAGAAUACUUGCGAGCAGUAAGGGCCGAACUACGAAGAUGCAAAGUUUUCCUACGUCGCAUUCCUUCGGACAUAUUGAUUAACCCGUACUCGCCGAAAAUAUUGUCCACGAUGAGGUCCAAUAUGGAUCUGGAGUACGUACUCGACCCAUGUGCGUGCGCGCCCUACAUCAUUGAUUAA